AUGGCCCGUGACCGCGGGCCGCCCGUGCUGCGGCCGCCCGGCGCCGCCGCGCUGCCCGCCGAGCCCCGCGGCUGGAGCUGGCUGGGCGCGGGGCUGUGGCCGGCGCUGCUCGUGGGGCUGCUGGCCGCCGUGGUCGCCUGGCUGUGGUACGGCGGUAGCGACGGGCGAGCCGAGGCGGGCGGCGAGGAGGCGGCGGCCGGCAGAGGGGGGCCCCGGCGGAAGAGCGCGACGGCCACAGAGGAUGCUGCGGCGGGCGGGGAGCCGGCGGCUGCGGCCCCGUCCGGCCUUUGGGAGCCUGGAGAAGAUCUGGCGGCUGUUUCGAGGGAAGAGCUUAACCAUGCCCCGAGCGCCGCAGUUCCGGACGAACCUGUGGAGCUGGGGCAGCUGAUCCCGAAGCACGGGGUCACGGACACCGGGGAGUAUCCGGCUGAUAUGGCCGGCAGCCGGGCAGGCCAACUGGGAGCCCAGGUGGGACAGGCAAGUGACGGAUGGUGCGUGAUGAACUUGGCAGGAGCCUGUGACGAUGACUGUAAGGACAGAAGUGAGGAGCAGCCGUGUCAGCCAGCUGAGAGGAAGGACUUGGACCAUGAAGAGUGGGAAGUUGUUUCUGAGCACCUGGUCCAAGGGGAGCAUGGCAAGGAUGUCAGCAUGGAAGACUCAGAGAGCAAGGAAUGGGAACAAGGAGACUGCUGUGAUGGGGACUCGAAAGCCAAGAGAGUUGCAGCUGUGCCCCCCAUGUUCCAGAACAUCCACGUGGCUUUUCGUGUGCACUACAUCACCCACUCCGAGGCGCAGCUCAUCGGGGUCACAGGGGACCACGAGUGUCUGGGCCAAUGGCACAGCUACGUCCCCCUCAAGUGUGACAAGGAUGGCUUCUGGUCUGAAUCCAUCAGCCUGCCUGCAGACACCAGAGUACAGUGGAAAUUCAUCUUGGUGGAGAAUGGGAAGGUCAGACGCUGGGAAGAAUGCAGUAACAGGACCCUAGUGACUGAACACGAAGAUCAAAUUGUUCAUCAGUGGUGGGGAUACCAUUAA